UCCCCUCUCUCUCUCUCUCUCUCCUGAGCUCAACUCUAGAUCUCCCCCUCUCUCUUUCCCGAGCUCUCAUUCUCUCCCAAGCCGAUCAAAGCUCUCAUUCUCUCCCAAACCCGAUCUCCAUCUAUCCCAAAACCCAACAAUCCCUAUCUCUCUCCCCCAAACCCAACUCACCUCUUCCUCCCUCAAAUCUGACGCCGACGCCGUCGAUUCUCUGCGAGGCCGAGGAGAUCUGAGAUUUAAUCAAGGUAUAUACACGAUGCUUCCCGGACCGGAUAAUGAUGAAGUCCUUUAUGAUCAGUCACGCCACCGUUCGGAGAGCAUAUCAUUGACAUCGAGAGGACAAGAGCUGGUUAUGAUUGAUCAUAGCCUUGGACAUACGCGCUGGCCACUUGAUGAUCCUCGCAUCAUUGCCCUAGUAUCCCAAGCCGGUUUUCUUACUUGCUCAAAAUUGAAAUGGAUGAAGCUCGAUUGGGCACUGCUUAACGCGUUGAUGGAUAGAUGGAGGCCGGAGACUAAUACUUUCCAUCUACGUGUCGGCGAGACAACUAUUACUCUCCAGGAUGUAGCAGUGAUCCUAGGUCUCCGCAUUGAUGGCCCUUGUAUCACGGGGACUGAUAGGCAUGUUUGGCGAAGAGUAUGUGAUAAUUUGUUAGGAAUAUCUCCGGAGUCCUUGCCUGGAGGGUAUAUUAGAUUGAAGUGGCUUAAGGAGAGUUUUGGAAACCCGUUGCCACAAGAUGCACCUGAAGUGAUGAUCCAACAGCAUGCGAGAGCAUAUAUUAUGCACAUGAUCGGGACACUUCUUUUUCCCGAUUCAAGUAAACAUAAAGUCCAUUUGAGGUGGUUACCACUUAUCGAAGACUUCGACAUGUGCGGGACAUUAUCCUGGGGUAGUGCUGUUUUAGCAUACCUAUAUCGAGAAAUGUCAAAGGUUGCUUUAAUGCAAAAUAAGGAGCUCAAGGGUUGUUUAACAUUGCUACAAGUUUGGGCAUGGGAAAGAUUGGUUUUGAAACCACGAUUAUGCGAGAUCCGAGAGUUAGAUGGACAUAUUCCACUAGGCUGCAGAUGGAAUGUCACAAAAGCCUAUGAUGAGACCCCGGCUAGGCAAUUAGAUUUUUACAGAGGGGAGCUCGACCGGAUGAAAAUUUUUCAGUUCGAGUGGCAGCCAUACACCCCUCACCUACCUCGUCUACCGCUGAUUUGUAUGGAGGGACACGGCAUAUGGAGGGCUAGAGUUCCUCUCAUUUGUUUCGAGAUUGUGGAGAUACACAUAGAUGCUAUGGACGAGGUCGAGGGGAUUGCAAAUAAGGGCUUAGCUACCGCCACAGGAGAUUCAGUACAUGUAUCGAUAUUGCAUCGGAUUGUGACGAGAGUUCGUAGAGCUUUUCAACAAACUCAUGAGGAUCGGCAUGAAGGUCGUGAGCAGGUGGAUCUUGACGAUACUCUAUAUAUAUCCUUUCGUAUGAUCUCUGCAGAACCACAUGCAUGCCAUUAUUGGUAG